UGCCAGUCUAGAUUCUAUGACCUUUAACCCGGGAAGCCCCUGCGCCUUUCUCUUGGAAGCCCCGUCCCUCCCUUCUUUCUCUCUCGGUUCCGGACUACAGGAGCGUGCACAUCGUUUCGCGUCUGUUAGAGACUUAAAAAAUGCGUUACGUGGCCGCUUACCUGCUUGCCACCCUUGGUGGUAACAGCAGCCCCUCAGCCAAGGAUUUGAAAAAAAUUCUUUCCAGUGUUGGAAUUGAGGCAGAAGAAGAACGUGUUAACAAGGUGAUCAGUGAACUUGGUGGAAAAGACCUUGAUGAUGUUGUAAAUUCUGGCCUCUCCAAACUUUCAUCAGUGCCAUCUGGGGGUGCUGUGGCUGCAGCUCCUGCAUCUGCUCCAGCUGCCGGAGGAGCUGCUCCAGCUGCUGACAAGAAAGAAGAAGAAAAGAAGGAUGAAUCUGAAGAGUCUGAUGACGACAUGGGAUUUGGACUCUUUGAUUAAAUGCCUAUUUUCCUAAAAUAAAAAAUCAAAGUUCAUGAA